GCCAAUCGCCAAACCACCUCAGGACUGGGAAAUGCGGUAACUGUCUUUUCUAAACAUCGCUUAUUUCAGUAAACCCAAGAGGAUAUAUAAAGCGUGGGUACCUUGUGACGGUCCGUUCUUUUUGUUUUUUUGGAAGUAAAGGAAAGCAACCAUGUUGCGAGCUGUGACGAUUUCAAAAAGCUCUGCUUUGGCACAUUCUAGACCAGGUGUUUUAGGAUGUAUUCGAUCUUACAGCAGUGCUAGUGAUGAGGAGCCUAGCUUUUUUGAGCAAGUUGAAUUGUUUUUCGACAAAUCAUCUCAUUUACUUAAAGAACGUUUACUUAAAAAAGUGCGUGGCAAAAACCUGACUUUGGAAGAGAAAAAUAAAGUAGUCAAUGGUUUAUUAAGUGUUAUUAAGCCGUGCAAUCAUGUGUUGGCAGUAAAUUUCCCGAUCAAAAGAGAUAAUGGGACAUACGAGAUGAUUGAAGCUUACAGAGCUCAGCACAGCCAACACAGAACACCGUGUAAAGGAGGUAUUCGUUACAGCUUGGAUGUCAAUCUGGACGAAGUAAAGGCUCUUGCUGCUCUUAUGACCUACAAGUGUGCCGUAGUAGACGUCCCAUUCGGUGGAGCCAAGGCUGGUGUUAAAAUCAAUCCAGCAGAUUACUCUGUGAAUGAGCUUGAGAAAAUUACAAGACGUUUCACAGUUGAACUAGCCAAGAAAGGCUUUAUAGGUCCAGGUAUUGAUGUCCCAGCACCUGACAUGGGCACAGGUGAGAGAGAGAUGAGCUGGAUAUCUGAUACUUACUCCAACUCAUUAGGUCAUGGUGACAUCAAUGCUAGAGCUUGUGUAACAGGAAAACCUAUCCCUCAAGGUGGUAUUCAUGGCAGAAUUUCAGCUACUGGCAGGGGUUUAUAUCAUGGCCUAUACAACUUCAUAAUGGAUGCUAGCUACAUGAGCAUGGUUGGACUUACACCUGGCUUUGGUGAUAAGACAUUCAUUCUUCAGGGCUUUGGUAAUGUAGGUCUUCAUUCAAUGAGAUACCUGACCAGAGCAGGUGCCAAGUGUAUAGGUGUGAAAGAGAUUAAUGGAAGUAUAUACAACCCUGAUGGCAUCAGUGCCAGGGAACUGGAAGAUUACAAAAUAGAACAUGGCACAAUUGUUGGUUUCCCCAAUGCCCAGCCUUAUGAAGGAAACCUUCUGUUUGAAAAAUGUGAUAUCUUGGUGCCUGCAGCCAGUGAAAAACAAAUCACUAAAGAUAAUGCUGACAAAAUUCAAGCUAAGAUUAUUGCUGAAGGUGCCAAUGGACCCACCACAAUGGCAGCAGACAACAUAUUAUUAAAGAAGAAUGUUCUUGUUAUUCCAGAUCUGUACAUCAAUGCUGGUGGUGUGACUGUCUCUUACUUUGAAUGGCUAAAGAAUCUCAACCAUGUCAGCUAUGGUCGACUCACCUUUAAAUAUGAGAGGGAUUCUAAUUAUCACCUGCUUGAGAGCGUACAAAAAUCUCUUGAGCGGAAAUUUGGCAAAAAUGGUGGAAAGAUCCCAGUAGUCCCAAGUGAGGAGUUUGAAAAGAGAAUCGCUGGAGCUUCAGAAAAAGAUAUUGUACACUCAGGUUUAGAACAAACCAUGGAGAAGUCAGGGAGGCAAAUCAUGAAGACUGCAAUGGAGUACAACUUGGGAUUGGACAUCCGUACAGCCGCCUACAUGUGCAGCAUUGAGAAAAUAUUUGAUGUUUACCAAGAAGCUGGAUUGACAUUUACAUAAAUUCUGCUGUUUUUUUUUCUUCCCUCGUGUUUGUCUAUAUAGCGGGUUAUUAGCUUCAAAAGGUCCAUCAUUAUUGCCUCCACAAUUGUUUUAGUUUACAGAUUGAAUAUGUUUUUUUUUUUUGUAAUUUAAUGUUACCAAAUGCAAACAUUUUCUAUGAUUGUACUCACAUUUAUUGCUAUAAUCAACUUACAUGCACUUUUAUGACUAUUCUCUUGUGAUGUCUUACAAUGUUGCUAAGAUAAAACUUGGUUACUUCUGCUGAAUCACAGUUUUGAAUGCAGAUUUUUUUUUUAUUAAUACACAAGUAUUACCAUGCAUUUUUUUAAAACUUGAAAAUGGGAUUUCCAAUGAAAUGAACAUGUUGACCACACUUAACCAAAGAAUCUCAUGGUUGGUAGAUCUAAAUAGAGAAUUAAUAGUAAAGCCAGUUUUAUCAUGGAUGAAUGAUGUAAAAGACUUUCACUAUGGUUAGGUGAAGGGUUCUAUUGUGUGUGUAAUUGUUUUGAUUGUCCAAUAGCAAUAGUAUUAUGCAACGAUGUGGACAUUUUUUUUUUAAAAACUAUUUAAAAGUGAUGCAAGUUGAAAGUAUGUUUUUAAGCUUUUGAUUUAUUACAAACACUGAAAUAAAUACAAAUAUUUAAUCCAUAAA